GAGGGGGAAGAGACGGGGCUUAGAAGGGCGGGUUUUUGUACCACUGCAGCAUCAGUACAAAAAAAAAAAGGAUAUUCAGGAGACAGACAUCGGAGGAGGAUGAAGAGAUAAUCAACCUGGAGACGUCGCGGAGCACUGGGAGAGACGCGCUUCACCUGCAGAGAGAGAGAGGGACAGACAGACAGAAGACGAGAGGGGAGGUGCUCCCACACGCGCUGAGUUAACUCAAACAAACACGCCCCCCCUCCCGCAGAGGCGGUCCCUGGAGCGAGUCCGGCCUGCCUGUGUGCGUGUGUGUGCGUGUGUGCGUGCGUGCGUGUGUCCUCCAGAGGGGGAGGUUGUUCGUGCGUGGGCGUGUGUUGGUGAGUGAGAGGGCGUGUUCGCAGCCUUUGAUGGGACAUUGAGAGAUGCACACGCUGCAACACCGCUGGACGGCCUGUAGGGGGAUCCUGGCCCCCCUGCUGGCCUCCCUGCCCCUCCUGCUGCUGUCCUGGCCGGCCCCCGCCCACGGGGCCAUCUACAUGCCCAAGCACUUGUCCCAGCCCCCGGUCCUCACAGAGUUCCCCAGGUCCUUAACCGCCUUCCAUCCAGACGAUAUCUUCCUCCCGUGCAGGGCCACCGGCAUCCCCGCGCCCACGUUCCGCUGGGUGAAGGACGGCCAUCAGUUUGGUGAGGAGCUGGUGGGCAAUGGGACUCUUUCGGGGGGAGGGGGGAAGCCGGAGGACAUCGAUGACUAUGAGGGCCACUACCGCUGCUACGCCUCCAACAUGCUGGGGACCGCCAUGAGCAACACCGUGGAGCUCAUCGUAGAGCCCCGCCCAGUGCUGCCCAAACAGGAGAAGGUGAGCAAGAGGGUGAGAGAGAGAGAGAGCCUGGUGCUGGAGUGCAACCCUCCGAAGAGCUCCACCCCCCCGCUCAUCCACUGGAUGGACAGGAAGAUGGUGCACAUCCAGGAGAGUGGGCGGGUGGUGGUGGGUCUGGAUGGGAACAUGUACUACGCCAACGUCGUCCUGGAAGACAGCCGGGAGGACUUUAUCUGCAACGCCUACUACAGCGACGCCCGGACCAUCCUGCCCCAGGAGAAGAUCUCCCUCAGGGUCACGCCAGUGAGCGCACACACACACAUGCACGCAGGCACACACACACACACACACACACACACACACACACACACACACACACAAUCUCCCCGUCCUCCUCCAGGUAACGACGGGGUGACCCAGAGGAAGCCCCGCCUGUUCAAUAAGUCCCCCCACCACCACACGGCCGUGCUGGCCCUGCGGGGCCACAGCCUGGUCCUGGAGUGCAUCCCCUCCGGCUGGCCAACGCCCAGUGUGUCGUGGCGUAAGAAGGACAGCCGUCUGGAGACCACCAGCGCACGGGAGGAUAAGUUUGGUCGCUGGCUGCGGUUCGACUCCCUGGUCCAGGAGGAUGACGGCGAGUACGAGUGUCAGGCCAACAACACGCACGGCGGCACGGCGCACGGCUUCACAGUCACCGUGGAGGCCGAGCCCUACUGGGUGGAGACCCCUGAGAGCCUGCUCUACACCCGGGGGAGAACCUGCGUCUGCACUGCCAGGUGGACGGCAUCCCACCCCCACCAUCACCUGGAGCAUGAACGGAGUCCCCAUCACAGACGUGGACCCUGAUCCGCGCCGGAACGUGUCGCAGGGCGUGCUCAUCCUGAGGGACGCGGUGCUGGACGACACCGCCGUGUUCCAGUGCGAGGCCAGCAACAAGCACGGCAGCAUCCUGCACAACACCUUCAU